AUGGGCUCCCGACUUCACAACGCUCCCAUCGUGCUGGACAACGGCAGUGGCACCAUCCGAGCGGGCUUUGCAGGACAAGACGUGCCUAAAUGCUUCUUCCCUUCCUUUGUCGGCCGGCCGAAACAUGUGCGGACAAUGGCAGGAGCCCUGGAAGGCGAUGUUUUCAUUGGCCCGCAAGCGCAGCAGUAUAGGGGCCUGUUCAAAAUCAACUAUCCACUAGAGCAUGGCAUAGUCACAGAUUGGGAUGAUAUGGAGAGAAUAUGGCAGUACGUGUAUACGGAAGAGUUGAAGACGGUUAGCGAGGAUCAUCCGGUGCUCCUAACAGAACCUCCAUUAAAUCCUCGAGAGAACCGGGACACGGCUGCGCAAAUACUGUUCGAGACCUUCAACGUCCCCGCUCUCUACGCCUCUGUCCAGGCCGUCCUCUCACUAUAUGCUUCCGGGAAAACUACUGGAAUAGUCCUGGACUCGGGCGACGGAGUGUCACAUGCGGUGCCUGUCUUCCAGGGAUUCGCUAUCCCCAACAGUAUCAGACGCAUCGACGUGGCAGGGCGAGACGUGACAGAGCACCUGCAGCAAUUGCUCAGGAAAAGCGGGCGCAUUUUCCACACCAGCGCAGAGAAAGAGACAGUCAAGCAAAUCAAAGAGGCAACGUGCUAUGUUGCGUUGGACCCCGCAAAGGAGGAGAAGGAGUGGUCUGGCACAGCGAGGACGGACGGGAAGAGCGUCGAGUACACGUUGCCAGAUGGUCAGAAGUUGAAGGUUGGCGCUGAGCGAUUCCGGGCACCGGAGAUUCUCUUUAAUCCUGAGUUAAUUGGACUCGAAUAUCCCGGCGUCCAUCAGAUCGUCGUCGAGGCCAUCCAGCGGACCGAUAUGGACCUCCGCAAAGCCUUGUACGGAAACAUUGUGCUGUCUGGAGGCUCCACGCUGACGGCCGGCUUCGGGAAAAGGUUGCUGCACGAGGUGCAACGGUUGGCAGUGAAGGACAUGCGAAUCAAAAUAUUAGCUCCACCGGAGAGGAUAUACACCACGUGGACGGGGGGAAGUAUCCUCGCUGGACUGAGUACUUUCAAGAAGAUGUGGGUCGAGAAGGACGAAUGGCAGGAAAACCCAGAUAUCAUCCACACCAAAUUCGCCUAG